AACUGGAAAGGAAGCUAUGGCCGAGGACGACGUUAUCUUCAUCGAAUCGGCCACUGAUGUGGAAAGCUUCGGCAUGUGUUCCCGGCUUUGCCGCCGGCGCCGGGCCCGACUCAGGAGGAGAAGACGGAGAGAGCGGCUGAAGCGCAUCCUUCAAGAACCUCAGGAGCUCAUCGAUCUGACUGGAGAGGAUAUGGCUGUACAAACAUCACCAUGCAAUGACUUUGGUAUCAUUGAUCUGACUGAGGAUGAGGAGACCAUGGCUAGCCCUCUUCACAGCAGCAGCUACUUUGCUCAGGACCUUCCACAUUCAGCAACGGUCAGCACUCAGCCCACAUGCUCUCCUCAACUCACUGUGGCAGGGAUGGCCAGCAAAUCUGACAGGCCAGUGGACAUGCGGAACAAAGACUGUGAGCGACUUUCUCCCAGAGAAGAUGAGGCGAAUCAUCUCUGCUGUGGUGAGGACUCUGAAAGCAGCAGCCACACCACUUACAACAGUGACUUGGGCUCUUUGAUAAGCGCACACCUGGAGUCAGCCAUUUCCUCCUCCUCUGCAGCCCAUGACAGCCCUGAAAGCCAGCCCUUCCUGGACUGUGUGGAAGAACCUCCCAGUACUUGCCCAGCUGGAAGAGUUCUCAGCCCCCAGCCCUCACCCACUGAUCAGAGACAGUCUCCAAGCCCCAUUCUCUCCAGCCCUCCUAAGGGCAUUUUCACAUCUCUGACAGAAGUCAAUCUGCCUCUGUUAGAAGCAAAUAACCCAGGACCGAAUGCUGUGAAAUCAAAUGUUCAGGGCCCGCUUAAGCGAAUUGACAUUGAGGGCUCAUUGAAAACGUGGCAGUAUUUCCAUGGGGUGCCUGUACAUCACCCCUUUCUCCAAAAUGUGGUACAAGAAAAGAAUACCAGACAGAAGAAGCCCCUGAAAGCCCAACGGAUCCCAUCUGGGAGACUGAGCAUGGUGACCAGCACCAUUGAGGAAAAAUGCUUUCAGGCGACCUUGGACUUCCUUACGGAUUAUGUAUCCUAUCGGUACUACCCUCCAAAGGAGAUCAUGACCUGUGUGGUCAGCCAGAUUCUGCUGAGUCCAGAGCGCCAGGAUGUGUCACAAGAGAUGCAGAAGGAUGCUUACAUGUUGUUAAUGAAAAUCCAGGCAUUUCACCCAGCUGAGGUUGACACAGUGGUGUGGGACUGGCAGCUGCUCUGCAAGGUCAUGGAAGAACAGGAAGAAAAAAAUCCUGGACGACUUCUAUUCUUGCAGUAUGUGAUCCAGACCUUAGAGGACGACUUCCAGGAGAUGGCCAAAAAAGACAAUCUGCCCAAAUCCAUUGCCAAGAUGGUGCUUUCCUGUGACCAGUGCUUCAGCAACAUAAAGAACGUGAUUGAAUGGCUAGUGGCUGUAGUCACAGGCGCAAAGAUUUCCCACGACAAAAUGCUUCUGCAGAGUGCAAGCAGUACUUCAGCAUCAGCAACAUCCAGGCGUGAAAGUUGCUCCUCCCUGCCAGAACCACGCUCAUGCCAGACAGUUCAAACAAAUGAUGCUGCUUUAAAAUUUCAGAAUCAAAAGGUGGUAGCACUUCUCCAGAGGAUGCUUUCCAUAGCUGUAGAAGUGGACAAGUCUCCAAACUGCAGUGCCCAUAAAAUUGCAGACAUUAUGCUUUCUUCAGUGCUGAAUAUUCCCAAGCACUGCCAGAGGGAAGCCUUCCUAAGCAGUAUGGAAUGCCAUCUCCUGCGAUGCAAAGUGUUGGAGCUCAUUUUCCAAUACAGCUGCACAAUACGGACCAAACAGCCUUUAUCUUUAGCAACAAUCCUGCAUUUUCUGGACCAUUUUUCUCUGCUGCUCACAUACCAGGACAAUGAAGAAACAUGGCAGAGAUGGGACGAGAUGCUUCAUUACUUGAAUUUACUGUUGCUGAGUUAUCGCAGCAUAGUCUUAGGGCACUUAAGAAGUUCUGUGUGUGAAAGAAGUAAAUUAAUUCUCAAGGCUGCUAAACCCAAACUACAAUCAAAUGACUAUAUUGAAGGAAGUGAUAUAGAAUGCAAAAUUCAAACCUUCCAAAGGCAACUCUUUGAGAUUCUGGGGCAACCAAUUCCUUCAUCCAUCGCAGAAAAAAUUGAGCUACUACAAGUUUUGCUUCUCACAACUAAGGAUAUCUAACAGGACUGCUGGUCAGCUAAAAUAUGGACCUUUUCCAAGUGGAAACACUACUCUGUACAUAAACAUUCCCUGUCAAAAGACACCUUAACACAUUUUUUGUAUUCAAGUCAUGUUUUCUAUGACAGCUCAAGCAUUUUAAACUCCUGUUGUAUAGGUUUGUUUGUUCCCAAAAGAAGAUAGGAUAGUUUUAAUAAAUUGUUUUACUAGUUGAGAGGUAA